GCAGCCAGGGAAGGGGCAGGGCCGAGGGGGCGCGGGCAGGGCAGCUCCAACUUGCCGGCAGGGGGGACAGGAAGGCUCGGGUUGCCGCGGGAGGUGUGCGGGGUGUGUUCGCUUCGCGUCCCCGAGGUUCCUCCAAAUCCUGCCCGUGGUUUAAAAAUCGCUCUCUUGGCAUAAGUGCGCGGGAGCCAGGCUCACUUUAUCGCCGCUGACGCUGUCGAAAUCGCUGUGGCUCCAGCAGUAACAACAGCGAGCCCCCUCCCCGCAUCCCUCCCUCCUUCCCUCCCUCCUGCGGGUCGCCCGCUCCUCGUGAGAAACCGAACGCUGAUAUUCCAUUAGCUUCAUCUUCCCCGCUUACGCGAAAGUGAGGAAGACUUGCUAAUUAAUUUACAUACGAGGGAAUGAUGUCUGAAGGAAGGAAAAAAUACCCCGUUGCACCUGCUCCGCCGAGACUUGUCAUCUGAAUCUGGAGGAGAGCUAUAAAUCAUGUAAAGUGUUCGCGGUGGAGUCGGCUUCUUCUGAGAGCUGUAGGAUUAUGUAUCCAAAUGCUGAAUUUAUAUUUCCCACUAGGAAAAGACUGAAACUCAGAUGCUUCAGAAGCUUGCUGUGUGUUUACCACGGGAUCUGCCAACCAGAGGGGACUCACCUAUUUCAUUAAUUGAGCAAAACAUUAUCUUGAAAUAAUUAUUCCUCUCCACAUGGCCUUCCUACUUGUGUCAGCUUAUCUUCUGCUGACUCAUGCUCGGGGUGCUCCUGUUGAGAAUGGGGCGCUGCUGGAAACACUGAAGUCACAAGUGGGAUUAUUCAGCAAUAAAAGCGAGCACUAUUCAGCACAGGUGAGACCUCCUGGCACGAGCAGACAAAUACCUCAGACAAUCAUCAUAGGAGUUCGUAAAGGAGGGACCAGAGCUUUGCUGGAAAUGUUGGAUAUUCAUCCUAACAUUGUGGUGGCAGCUACAGAAGUCCACUUCUUUGAUUGGGAUGAAAAUUAUGUAAAAGGAAUAGACUGGUAUAGAAAUCUGAUGCCAUUUUCUUAUGGAAAUCAAAUUACAAUUGAGAAAACACCAGGCUAUUUUACAUCACCAGAGGCUCCAGGAAGAAUUCAUGACAUGAAUAGUUCCAUUAAACUGCUGCUUAUUCUAAGAGAUCCCACUGAGAGAGUUAUAUCUGACUAUACUCAAGUGUAUUACAACAGAGUAGAAAGUCACAAGCCUGUUCAGCUCUUUGAAGAUAUUGUUAUUAAGAAUGGAGUGCUUAAUACCAAAUACAAAGCUAUUCAGAGAAGUCUAUAUGAUGUCCAUAUGGAAAAGUGGCUUAAGCAUUUCAGUUUGGAUCAGAUUCAUAUAGUGGAUGGAAAUACUUUGAUCAAGGACCCUCUUCCUGAAUUACAAAAAGUUGAAAGAUUUCUAAAUCUUCCAUCCCGAAUUAUGUCUUCUAAUUUUUAUUUUAACCAAACCAAGGGAUUCUACUGCAUCAGAAGUGAUGGGAGGGAGAGAUGUUUACAUGAAUCCAAAGGACGUCCCCAUCCUCUUGUUAACAGCACUGUUUUAGAGCAACUCUAUUCUUACUUCAGAGAGCACAAUGCAAAAUUUUACAGGAUGGUUAAUCAUUCCUUUGACUGGCAUUAACACAUUUGGGGUCAAUGUUUCUUAAAAGGGCCCUGAGACACACUUUCAGACAUACCUUUCUAAACUGUAAAGACCCAUAUUAUGAGAAUUAACACGCUGGUUAUAUGCUUCAUUGGA